AUGGAAGACUCCAACCAAAACUUGGAUGUCUCAUACCCGGUCGCACUACCCUCAGGACCAAGCGCACAGACAGAUGCGGAAACAGUUGACGCCACUCCAUCCAGCACUCCCACUCAAGUGGACGAUGAGGCAGAGACUCCAAGGAGUUGCGAGCCUGGCAGCAUAUCCUCCGUGGGCAUACCAAUAACCUGGGGCAGCAUUUGUCCACCCAGAUCGAGCUCCGGGAUGUACCGACCACCUCACCUCCACACGCCGAGGGACCGAGAAGAACAGAAGGAGAGGGAGCGCAAGCAGCAGGAAGAGAGGGACAGGAAUAGAGAAGAACAGAAGGAGAGGGAGCGCAAGCAGCAGGAAGAGAGGGACAGGGACAGAGAGAAGCAGAGGAAGAACGAGCGCAAGUGGCAAGAAGAGUUCAGGCAAAUGAUUGCUCAUAUCGAGAACAACACUACAACCAUCAUAAGAAUCACUGACAUGAUUGAUCAGAAAAUGUUGGAACAAACUGAAGCAAUUAAUGAUGUGAUCGUGAAAUUGGACCAAUUCUCUGACAAACUCAACACCAGAAUGAAAGAGACAUCCCAGAUCAUGGAGCCAGCAAACAAAUACUGUGCAAGCAUGGAGGAUCAACCUACCCAGGAUGUCCAUGUUGGAGCCAACCUGGAUCUCGCCGAACACCAAGGGGAGCCGGAGGACGCCAUCCACCAACUCAAGGGACAGCCCAAACCGCCGACGGCCAGCACCACCAAUCCACUGAAGACAGCCCCUAAGAAACGCCCAUGUGCCGCCAUCCCAGAAGUUCAGACACCCGCAUCUCAUGCCACAGAACCACCGCCGCCGACUGGAGAGCAUACACCCGAGCAUCAUGCAUCAAUACUGUUGUCCUCUGUAGACAUCAUCCUGGGAGCAAUAAGAGAAAAUUCUCCAAUAAUGCAAGAAUUCAAGGAAGAAACUGGAAAAGCUUUGGAGAGGCUGGAUCAAAAGGUGAAGGGAGCAGCAGAGGAUAUCAGGAUGGUAGCACAGCAAAUCGAGGAGAAAUGUCAUACAAUAAAAAUCAGUAUUGGACCAGUGAUUGAGCGUCUGGAUGAGCCCACAAUUGACACUCACAACCAACUGGACCAGGUAUCCCAGGAGGAAUGCAAGAGGACGACAAAAAUGGAGGAUGAUGAACAUGCCAUAGAGGAACCCAUACAUGCAGAGAUGGUCAUGCUUGAGGAGGAGGUCAUUGAGGUAACAGAAGAACAUUUCACAAAGAUGAGUGACCAACCUACCCAGGAUAUCAAGCUUGGAGUCGACCCACACUGCACCAAAUGCCAGGAGGAGCCCGAGGACGCCAUCCAUCAUGUGGAGGGACAGCCUGAACCACUGCGUGCAGAUCACCAGGAGUCUAAGGACAUUGCCCACCAAGUUGAAGAGUAG